UCCGCGCAAAGCGCCCACCCCUCCCCAAGUCUUCCAAGAUGAGCUACACGCUGGAGCCUCUGAGCAACCCGUCGUACCGGCGGGUGGCCGAGAGCCGGACCACGUUCAGCCGGGCCAGCAUGUCGCCGUCCAGCGGCUUCCGCUCCCAGUCGUGGUCGCGGAGCUCGCCCAGCACGGCGUCGUCGUCGUACAAGCGCAACGUGGGCGCGGCGCGGCCUUCGUACGGCUCGACGGCGCUGAGCUCCUCCGAGAGCCUGGAGCUGAGCCAGUCCUCGCUCUUCAACGGCGGCGGCGGCGGCGGCUCGGGCGGCGAGCUGAAGCUGAGCCGCUCCAACGAGAAGGAGCAGCUGCAGGGCCUCAACGACCGCUUCGCGGGCUACAUCGAGAAGGUGCACUCGCUGGAGCAGCAGAACAAGGAGCUGGAGCACGAGAUCGCGGCGCUGCGCCAGCGCCAGGCCGGCCGCUCGCAGCUGGGCGACGCCUUCGAGCAGGAGCUGCGCGAGCUGCGCUGCGCCCUCGAGCAGGUCAACCACGAGAAGGCGGCGCUGCAGCUCGACUCGGAGCACCUGGAGGAGGACAUCCACCGCCUCAAGGAGCGCUUCGAGGACGAGGCGCGCCUCCGCGACGACACCGAGGCCGUCACCCGCGCCCUGCGCAAGGACAUCGAGGAGGCCUCCAUGGUCAAGGUCGAGCUGGACAAGAAGGUGCAGUCGCUGCAGGACGAGGUGGCCUUCCUCCGCGGCAACCACGAGGAGGAGGUGGCCGAGAUGCUGGCCCAGAUCCAGGCCUCGCACGUCACCGUCGAGCGCAAGGACUACCUGAAGACCGACCUCUCGGCCGCCCUCAAGGAGAUCCGCUCGCAGCUCGAGUGCCACUCCGACCAGAACAUGGUCCAGGCCGAGGAGUGGUUCAAGUGCCGCUACGCCACGCUCACCGAGGCCGCCGAGCAGAACAAGGAGGCCAUCCGCUCGGCCAAGGAGGAGAUCUCCGAGUACCGGCGGCAGCUGCAGGCCAAGAGCAUCGAACUCGAGUCCGUCCGUGGCACCAAGGAGUCCUUGGAGCGGCAGAUCACCGACAUCGAGGAGCGCCACAACCACGACCUCUCCAACUACCAGGACACGAUGCAGCAGCUGGAAAAUGAGCUGAGAGGUACAAAAUGGGAAAUGGCGCGUCAUUUGAGGGAAUACCAGGAUCUCCUCAAUGUCAAGAUGGCUCUCGAUAUUGAAAUUGCCGCAUACAGGAAACUUCUUGAGGGUGAAGAAACAAGAUUCAGUGCCUUCUCUGGAAGCAUUACUGGGCCCACAUUUACACAUAGGCAACCCUCAGUAACAAUAUCAACUAGCAAAAUACAGAAAUCAAAAGUUGAACCACCAAAGCUAAAGGUCCAACACAAAUUCGUAGAAGAAAUCAUUGAAGAGACAAAAGUUGAGGAUGAGAAAUCUGAAUUGGAUGAAGCCCUCGCAGCUAUGGCUAAAGAAUUGGCUGCUGGGACCGUGCCUGAAGAAGAGAUGGAGGAAGAGGAAGAAGGAGCUGUAGAAGAGGAAAUUGUGGCAGAAGCAAAGGCCAAAGUUGAAGCAGCUGCACCAGAAGCUGAAGGAGAAGGAGAAGAAGAGGAGGAGGAGGAGGGUGAGGAAGAAGAUGGUGCAAAAUCUGAUGAGGCAGAAGAAGGUGGAUCUGAAAAAGAAGAAGAAAAGAGUGAAAAGGAAGAAGGUGAGGAAGAAGCAGAAGAGGAGGCAGGUGAGGGAGAAGCUGAGGAAGCUGAAGCUGAGAGCAAGGAAGAAGAGGAGGCUGAAGAAGCUGAAGGAGAGGUGGAGGAAACCAUUGCACCAGUGAAGGUAGAAAAGGCAAAAACAUCUCCACCAAAAUCCCCACCUAAAUCUCCUGUAACAGAUGAAGCAGAGGCAAAAGAAGAGAGUAAGGAAGAUGAAAGUGGAGAACAGAAGGAGGAAGAGAAGGAGGAUGAAGGAGAAGAAGCUGAGGAAGAGGAGAAAGCAGGCUCACCAGCAAAGGCAGGUUCUCCUGAGAAAGCAGCAUCACCAGAAAAAGCAGGCUCUCCAGAGAAAGGGUCUCCUGAGAAAGCUGGGACCCCUGAGAAAGGGUCUCCUGAAAAACCUGGAACUCCUGAGAAACCUAGGACCCCAGAGAAAGCAACCUCUCCAGAAAAAGCUGGGACUCCAGAGAAAGAAUCUCCAGAGAAACCAUCCUCUCCAGUAAAAGCAGGGACUCCAGAGAAAGAAUCUCCAGAGAAACCAUCCUCUCCAGUAAAAGCAGGGACUCCAGAGAAAGAAUCUCCAGAGAAACCAUCCUCUCCAGUAAAAGCAGGGACUCCAGAGAAACCAGCAUCUCCGGAAAAAGCAGGGACUCCAGAGAAAGCGGCUUCUCCGGAAAAAGCAGGGACUCCAGAGAAAGCAGCUUCUCUGGAAAAAGCAGGGACUCCAGAGAAAGCAGCUUCUCCGGAAAAAGCAGGGACUCCAGUGAAAGAAGUAGAAGAGAUCAUCUCAAUCACCAAGGCAGCAAAGGUUGGUACAGAGAAAGAACUGAAAGUAGAGAAGAAAGAGGAAAGUGAGAAAGCAUCCAAGGACUCCACCAAAGAAGACAUAGCAGUGAAUGGAGAAGUGGAUGACAAGGGGGAGGAAGAAGAAGACUCGAAGGCCAAACAAAUAGAAGAAGAAGACAAAGGUGUUGUCACCAACGGCCUGGACCUGAGUCCCUCUGAGGAGAAGAAGGGGAAGAGUGAAGAAAAAGUUGUGGUGACCAAAAAAGUAGAGAAAAUCACUAGCGAAGGGGAUGAUGGGACCACCACAUAUAUCACGAAGUCUGUGACUGUCACACAGAAGAUGGAAGAGCACGAGGAAACCGUUGCAGAGAAAUUGGUGUCCACCAAGAAGGUAGAGAAGGUCACUUCUUCACAUGCCGUAGUGAAAGAAGUUAAGGAGAGUGACUAAGAUGAGCAUUUUUGGUCCUUCUAAAGAGCUUGGGUCGGUGCAAAAGGUUAAGCCAUAUGACAGCUGCAAAAUGCAUGUAAGUGACGGCUUCUAAGCAGAACGGGUUCUCUCGUGGAGUCUCCAGAAACACUCUAUUUUAGUUCUGAUUUCUUUUGUGCAAUACCCAGGGGUGUGUGGGGGGGGAAUGCAUGCCAGCCCAAUGCACUCCCUCUGCAGAACUUGGGGAAUUAAAAAUAAAAUAAAAUGCAUGAGCUGUUAUUCUUACAGAGGAAGUUGCUGAAUUUCCUAAGCUGCUGAUGGGACGCUUCUGAGGAACGUCUUAAGAUGUAUUAUGCAAAGAAUCAACUGAGCCAAAUACAAACAAAUAAUAAUAA